AUGCCUAAAGCCAGCGCAAAGACCUCCAAGUCUAAGGGACGUGGUGCUGAGAAGAAGAAGAAGGACCCCAAUGCUCCCAAGCGCGGUCUUUCCGCUUACAUGUUCUUCGCCAACGAACAACGUGAGAAUGUUCGUGAGGAGAACCCCGGCAUCAGCUUCGGUCAGGUCGGCAAGGUUCUCGGUGACAGAUGGAAGGCCCUCAGCGAGAAACAGCGAGAGCCCUAUGAGAAGAAGGCCGCGACUGACAAGAAGCGAUAUGAAGAUGAGAAGGCCAAGUACAAUGCCCAAGAAGAUGAUGAGGACUCCGGUUAA